UUCAAAAAUAUUUACGUUACAUUACUUCAAAAUCAAUAUGUACACAUUUAAAUAUUCAAGCAAGUGAAUUUUCCCUUUACAAAAUCUAGUAUAAAUUUAUAACUUACAAAGUUCAUCAUCCAGUUAUUUGUUACCUGUAUUUUUAUCAACAUACACAUUGAAAAUUGAAGAAUAUCACGUUCUUUCAAGUACUGACUCAUCAAGAACUUUAAGGCAAUGUUGACAUAAACAAUCAAUAUGAAUCCAGCAGUUGUAUCUGUAAUAAAUCACUCGAAUCGACCGAGAAACAAACGGAUCAGAGCCGACGUAAACAAGGUGUCAGUGGUGGGGAGGCGGCGCCAAGUCUUUCAGGAUAGUUGAAAAUGUGAUAAAAACAACGUUAAUUUAUAACGUCAUCAUCUGCUCCGUUAACGCUAGGCGGCUGAUGGGAGUCAAGUGGAUUAUUCAUUCUUGUCCAAAAUUGAGGGAAAGCAAUAUGCUUACCUCUACAGACACACUAGCCCUGAACCAUAUCCGAGUGACAGUACCCAGCGCUGUUCUCCGUGGCGAUUCUGCGAUCCUUCGCUGCCAUUUUGAUCUUGAGGGUGACAACCUUUACUCGGUCAAGUGGUACAAAGGUGGUCGGGAGUUCUAUAGAUAUACUCCUAAAGAAACUCCUCCUUCCAAAGUGUUUGCAGUGCCAGGUCUGUCCUCACAACUACAGGUGGAGAUGUCCAUGUCUAAUGCCACACACCUGACUCUGAAGGAAGUGGUUCCUGCUAUCUCUGGCAAAUACAGCUGUGAAGUAUCUGCUGACGCUCCUUCCUUCCAGACCGCUUUAUACACAGGGCAAAUGGAUGUUGUCACUGCUCCCAAAAAUCGUCCCUUACUUCAAGGGCUGAGGGCUCGUUAUCGGGUGGGCGAAACUCUGAGAGCCAACUGUACCUCUGCAGACUCCAGUCCAGCAGCAAACUUGUCAUGGCUUCUCAAUGGUCAUCAGGUGGACAGACGUUAUGUCACAGUUUACUAUGUAGUAAGAGAGAACGGAGAUGACCUGGAGACUGCAUCAAGUAUACUAGAGAAGGUCCUAGUUCCUCAAGACUUUAACAGCAACAGCAGGCUCAAAAUCAAGUGUACUGCCAGCAUACUGAGUGUCUACUGGCAGACCACGGAGAAGAGUGUGGAGUUGGAGCGACCCAGAGGCCACUUCAACGAUUACCAGUCGAGACCUACUGUUCUGCUCAAUCUCAAAACAGAUGUGGAGUCAGUGUCCAUAGCGAAAGACGAUGAGCCUACCAAAGUAACGUCCCCAGUGAGGUCUGGAGGCUCCAGUGCUCUGUUCCAGCUACCAUCACCUAUGCUCUGCUGGAGAUUGAUGUUGUUCCAGCUCAGUUUUGCCUUGACAUAGCUCCAGAUAUGAGCUACCAUGAUAAUGGAACCUGUGAUGUAGAUUAGAAUUCUUGAAAGUAUCAGAAUGUUGUCAACUGGGCUUGCUUUGCCUUGUUUUAAUUUCAGUAAAGGCUAAAAGUAGGAAACAACAUGGAUGUGUAGGAUUAGACCAAAAUGUGAAUUUAGUUGACCUUGUUGUUAUAAGCUUAAUAAUUUCUCUUAGACAAAACUACAUGGAAAAAUGUUGUGUGUUGUAAUAAUUGUUCAAUGAAUGACUCAGAACUGGAAGAAGUAUUUUUGGUAGACUUAAUGUCUAAACAUUUCUUCACUGAACAGCAGUGAACUCUGUAUACCAUCAGAAGAGUUUAACAAUUAUUAAAAAAAAAAAACAUACUCUAUGUUAAUUAGCUGAGAUAUAGCAUAGAAUAGGUUAUUUCUUUUCAAUGUUCAUUAUUUGUUUGUAUGUUUCCAAUAAUAUUUAAUAACAAAAAUAAUCAUUUCAGAAAGCAGUAUAACACUUGUAACAAAAUUUCUAACUUUAACUAAACAAACUUGUACCUGUAUCCUUAUGAAGAACUAUAAUAAAAACUUCUUAACAGUGGAACUAACUUAAAUGCUUAAGCUGUAAAGGAUAAUCUUAAAAUAAUCUGUCAGAUGUUUUACGUUUACUGUGUUAUGUGAAAGUUAGAAUAAAAAAUGUAUAAGGAAAGUCUGAGUAAUAUAUGAUGAUUGAAUUUUGUAUUUCAUGUUUCAAAAGUGCUCCUUAUUUUGUAAAUGGACUAUUCAAUGUAUAUGCACUGUCAAUUAAAUAAAUGUUGAUAUUUUC